GUCGACGUGCUCGUCAACAACGCCGGCGCGGGCGCGUGGAAGCACGUCGAGGAGACGACGCCCGAGGAGGCCUACGGCAUGAUGGCCUGCCCCUACCAGGCCGCGUUCACGAUGACGAGCCUCCUCGUGCCGACGAUGGUCGCGCGCGCGACGGACUGCCACGUCGUCAACGUGACGUCCGCGGCGUCCGAGGUCGGCUUCCGCGGCGCCGUCGGCUACGCGACGGCGCGCUGGGCCAUGCGCGGCUUCUCGCGCAUGCUCGCCCAGGACCUGAAGCAGCUCGGCAUCGGCGUCACGCACCUCAACGCGGCGGAGAUCAGC